AGCUUUCUACGUAAAGUCUCUCCGCAAAGUCGAUUCGCGAAUCGCGCGAUUAUUGACCAGAAAGAUUAUCUUCCUCUGAUCACUCUCGAUCGAUUUUUUGUAGAAGUGAAUAUUUUUGCGUUAACGCGUGUGUUGGUGCGUCGAUCGUGUACGAAUACGAAGAAUAAUUAGCUUUUUAUUAACGAGCUCAAAAACGCGAUUGAAAUUUCACGGUGCAAUGAUUGCCAUGCCGCUUAGAUCGGAGAUUUCAUCGAGGGACAAUCUUAAUACUCUCACGCAAUCGGAGGAACGACGUCGUACCGGAAGGUAUGUCGCAGGCGGAACAGCUCUCGCAGUUACAUUACUCGGACUGCAUCAUUUGCUUCUUCGAGGCGCGUCCACAAUAGCGGGGGUAUGCAUACCCGCCAUCAUAAUGGUCUUGUACAUAAUCUGGGUGCUGUACUCCGCCCAUAGGGACAGACGGAAGGAGUUGAGAUUCGCGACGGCGAUGCAGUUGACUGAAGUGAUUAGCAUCCCUACCAGAUCCAGAUCUAACGUUAUUUGCAAGAAUUCUACAAGCGACGAUAAUUUAAGGAAAAAUUCGUCAAAUUUAUACAAAUCGCAGAGCCUUCGCGAAAAUCCUACUUUUUUUGAUAAAGAUGAAGCGUGAGAAAAUCAGUUUAAAAUCUGAAAAAUAUUUGGAACAAUUAUUAAGUAAAUAUAAUUUAGGAAUAUAAGUUUUACUAUAAAAAGAUGCUCAAAAAUACGUCGUAUAUUUUGCGUUUAGUUUGGGAGAACGCAUUUCUAAAAAA